CUUGAACUAAAACAAGGAAGUGCAAGUGGCAUGUUGUGUCAGUAAAAUCAGGAAAAAAUACAAUGGAUGAUCUUGCCAUCAUUCAUGAUGACUCAGGGACUGCCUGGGCGGAGUAUAUUAACAACCAAAUUACACGGAAGUAUAACAUCCCUUUACAGAUGAGGGUGGUCCAUCUUGAAGGCUACCAGGCUUCACAACUCUCCAGUAUUAAAAACACCAAAUGCCAGUUAGUGCUACUGUUCGAGGGGACCAUAGGUGUAUAUCAGAGCCAUAAUUUGACAUUUUUGAAAGAAAUAGGUGACGAAAAAUCACUUUGCUUACUCCUUUGUGGUUUUAACCCACUGACAUUUUUAGAAAAACUCAGAGGAAUGUUUAACAACUAUGAUAAUCUGAUCAAGUUUACAUUUAUCGAGGAUUGUGAAAAUCCAUUGUCAGUCCUUCAAGGGAUGUUCAAACAUAUAAUGACAACUGUUGAAAAGUGUAAUGUGCCAAAAGUAAAGACUCCGCCUAUAGUUUCAAGGAGGCCCCCAAAAGUUUCACUACCUGGGGCUAUUGUUACAGCAUUUGAAAAGUUGCAUGUGCAAGCAGCUCAACCGCCUACACCUAUUAAAACGCCAGAACCUGUCCCAACCACAAAUGAUGAUGUCCCUAAAACAGUUGCUCCAAGUGUUCGAGAAUGUUCGGUGAAAGCACAGGUCAUUCCACACAUCACAAUGCUGGGGGAGCCACUUACCUUGAUAUUCAGCGAAGCACCAUCAAAUUCCAGUGGCAAUUUUGCCAAAAUAGAAGGACUCGAUCAACAAAUUCCACUCCAGUCAGGGAUAAAUUCGCAUACAUUUUCUCUAACUUUACCAAAAGAUGCUGACGUUAAUUGGAACAAAGAGAAACUGGCUCUUAAGAUAUACAACAACAAAGGACAAUAUAUAUGUGGCUGUGAAGUGCAACUGAAACCAUCACUCAAAAAACUUGACGAUAUGUUUCAAAAAACGGAUGAAAUGGCAUCCAUUACAAAUCCAUUUGAACUGUUAUGCAACUGUAUUGGUCUAGACAUGGCUGAUCCUUCUCUACUCGACUACACUUUAGCUGCCAUUAUGAAAUUCUAUGAGGCUUUUUCUCUGCAUCAUAAAUUUGUGGUGAAGGAAUGUGAUCAUACGUCACUUGAAUCAAAAUGCAGUGGCCUGUUAACACCGACGAUGCUUCACUUUGCGGCACAAUAUGGCUUAAAAGAGUACUGCGCAAUGUUGGUAUCAUGUCGAGGAGUGAAUAUAGCCAAUGAUAUUAUAAACAUCUCAAAUAAAUUUCCAUCACAAAUGGCAGAAGAGGCGGGGCAUGAAGAAGUUGGAGCUUACCUUCAAAGUCAUUCUGAAAUGACACAUGACCUGAAUGCAAUAUAUGAAAACGCAGUUGGUACAACGAAUGCCAAUGUACAGGAUGCUCUCAGCCAAGAGGUCCAUCGCAGAGGAAGUGCUGACCCAGACUAUAUGGCCAUGGGUAGUUCCAAUCCCCAAAAGGGAGAAGACAGUGCCCAACCUGACUACAUGGAAAUGUAUGGGCAAAGUAUGGGAUACCUAACCAUGCCUUCAUGUCCAGUAUACCCGGGUUACUUGAGGAUGGAUGGUCAGGCAUCUGGGUCGCAUAAUCUGAAAGUACCACCAAAGUAUCAUGUUGUUCCCAGUCAACACCACAUAGAAGGUUCAGAUGAAGAAGGCCCUGAGUAUGAAGAUGUCCCCACCGAGGAGGUCAGAGCUGAUUUACUUAGACGCUCGAUGAUAGAGAACCGAAGGCCGCAGCCAGAGAGCUACAUAAAGCAACAAGCUGCUGCUACACUACCACAUAAGCUUCCCGGGGGCAUUAUGUCCAGUAAGACUUUCCAGGACUCCUUGCUUGCUUUUGUACCCAUUCCUGGUCCAAAACCAAAAGAACCCACUAUGGGGUCUGUGCGGCAACAAGAACUUAUUGAUAUUGCCACAGGCUACAAGGAAAAUGAAUACACAAUGGAAGAUGUGAAUGUCCUCUAUCAAAACUUUCUCCUGAAGUGCAACAAUAGCACUGGAUCCUUCAAGGAAAAACAGAAAAGUCUCGAUGAGUUAAGGAGAGAGAUAAGGAGCAAGAAACAACAAGGCUGGUUCUCAAGUAUAUUUGGAAACAAGAAAAAAGAAAAAGACAUCAAGAUUGAGAGGAUUUUACCGGCUAACCAAUCAGGACACAAGGGACCAAGAACAUUCUCUAAGAAGAAAAAAGAUGUUCCUGCCCUACAUGAUGAUACAGACGAACACAAGCGCCAUUCAAACAGCAGUAAUGCAAGUAGUAGAAGUAGUCGAGAUAGUGGGAGCUUCAGUGACUCACCCCCAGGUUCCAAUGACCCCCCUGCCUUAUCGACAAAUACUAUUGAAGAGACUCAAGAAGGGGCAUACUAUGAUGAUCCACAUCCAAUAGAACGCAGGCGGCCUUCGCCUGACACUCAAGAUGGUCUAGUUUAUGAGGAUCCUGACAAUCCAACAUCAAAGCGUAUGUCUUACUCCGACAUGGUUGCCCAUAGUGAACCAGAACAGCCCCCUCUGACACCCCAUACACCAAAUUGGAGUGAUUUCAAAGAACGUACCAUGCCACAACAAGUACAACAAACAGAGGAGGACAUUUAUGUAGCAGAUGCUCCCGAAGAUGAUGCUCUUCCCCCUCCCCCUCCACCUCCAAGAAAGACAAGUGGCAAUACCCCUAAUGUCCCCCCAAAACCAGUUUCAUGUAAUCCAAGUGCCCGCUUAGGUCAGGUUGGACCAACCGGGGCAUUCAUGAGUGAACUGGAGGAAAAAUUUGCAAGAAAAAAGUCUAAUGAGGAAAGACCACCAGUAUCUAAGCGUCCACCAAAAAAUUAAAUUUGACUAGCGGGUUUUAAAAUGUGCAUAUAGAUGAACACAUUGGUCAGGUCACUUGAGAAAAUGUUUUUUUAUUGCAUUACCUAACAUCAAAUAUAAAUCUAAUAUUUGCACAACACAUUUAUAUAUUUAACAUAAUACAGUACAUGUAUAUGCAUUUAUAAUCCAUUCAGUCUUCUUUUUAUUUACUGCUGGCGGUACUAAGAAGGCUUUUCAUGAUUUUAGUGUAGAAUAAGUAAUAAUUAAAAAAAUUCUAAAAAACACCUGGAAAUUGAAGGUUGUAAUUUGUAGUACCAUAGGGACUAGGUCAACAGGAAGGGAACAGUUGUAGUCAGUGCCUGUUCACCUAGUGUCAAUGCAUCAUGUUUUCACUCUUCAAACUCUAUAACACUAGCACAUGGUAAAUUCCUUAGUAUAUAUUUUGGAAUUCUAAAUUUCUAAACAGGAUUAUAUGUUUUAUACAGUUCUAUAGUCUGUAUUGUAAAUACAGGAAGAUGUAUAGACACAUUUAGCUCAGAUUGUGUUUUUAACUACAGCAUGUUGAUUAGACACAUUCUGUAUGAUAUAUAUACAUAGACAGUCCAAAUCUUUUAUGAGUCAAUCUUACCUAAAAAAGCAACCAAAACA